GGCGCGAGCCCGGAAGCGGACGGGGGCGGUGGCGUAGGAGCCACGGGCUGGCCGGGGUUGCUGCGCUGUCCUCCACUCCUGGCUCCUGGCUCUGCAGCCAUGCAGCCCCCGCCCCCGGGCCCGCUGGGCGACUGCCUGCGGGACUGGGAGGAUCUACAGCAGGACUUCCAGAACAUCCAGGAGACCCAUCGGCUAUACCGCCUGAAGCUGGAGGAGCUGACGAAACUUCAGAACAAUUGCACCAGCUCCAUCACGCGGCAGAAGAAGCGGCUCCAGGAGCUGGCCCUCACCCUGAAGAAAUGCAAACCCUCCCUCCCAGCAGAGGCCGAGGUGGCCGCGCAGGAGCUGGAGAACCAGAUGAAAGAGCGCCAAGGCCUAUUCUUUGACAUGGAGGCCUAUUUGCCCAAGAAGAAUGGAUUGUACCUGAGCCUGGUUCUGGGGAAUGUCAACGUCACGCUCCUGAGCAAGCAGGCUAAGUUUGCCUACAAGGACGAGUAUGAGAAGUUCAAGCUCUACCUCACCAUCAUCCUCAUCCUCAUCUCCUUCACCUGCCGUUUCCUGCUCAACUCCAGGGUGACAGACGCUACCUUCAACUUCCUGCUGGUCUGGUACUACUGCACCCUGACCAUCCGGGAAAGCAUCCUCAUCAACAACGGCUCCCGGAUCAAAGGCUGGUGGGUGUUCCAUCACUACGUGUCCACCUUCCUGUCGGGAGUCAUGCUGACGUGGCCCGAUGGUCUCAUGUACCAGAAAUUCCGGAACCAAUUCCUGUCCUUCUCCAUGUACCAGAGCUUUGUGCAGUUUCUCCAGUACUACUACCAGAGUGGCUGCCUCUACCGCCUGCGGGCACUGGGUGAGCGGCACACCAUGGACCUCACUGUGGAGGGCUUCCAGUCCUGGAUGUGGCGGGGCCUCACCUUCCUGCUGCCUUUUCUUUUCUUUGGACACUUCUGGCAGCUUUUUAAUGCACUGACGUUGUUCAACCUGGCCCGGGACCCUCAGUGCAAGGAGUGGCAGGUGCUUAUGUGCGGCUUCCCCUUCCUCCUCCUCUUCCUCGGCAAUUUCUUCACCACCCUGAGGGUUGUGCACCAGAAGUUUCACAGUCAGUGGCAUGGAAGCAAGAAGGAUUGAGGCUUGGCCUUCCGCUGCCAGCCCAGAGGGGCUUGUGUCCCACGUGUUGUGGGAGGGGAUGGGAGGCACCCCUCGAGUGUGUGUAUCAGGGGGUCUCUGCUAUUCUCCCUUGGGUUUUAUGGGCUCUGUGGGCCCUGAAGGAAGACCUGGGCCCAGUGCCCUCAAUAAAGAGAGGCCCAGAGGUGG